CUAUCCGUGUCAUCUGCUCCAGGAAGAGGAAGAUGAACAAAAGACAUCCAUAAAAAUAGAGUAACAAUAAAAUCAACAUGAGUAACCAACAACCCAAACCCAAGGCAGUUAAUUGCCCAUCUAUUCUACUGCAGCAAGAAGAGAAUGUAGACCUGUUCGAUACUAUGGGAAGACUCUGUCUUUCUCUGGCCACUGGUGUUGUGCAGCUCUACCUGGCAGAUCAAGCUGACAGAAACAGGUGGAACAAAAGAUGCUGUGGGGUUGCUUGUUUUGUGAAAGAUAGCUCCAAAAAAUCUUUUUUCAUCAGAGUCUAUGAUUUAAAGAAAAAGCAGAUGAUAUGGGAGCAAGAGAUUUACAACCAGAUUGUCUACAAAACUCCCAGAGAAUAUUUUCACACUUUUGAGGCUGAGAACUGUCAAGCUGGUUUGAACUUUGCUAGUGAAGAUGAAGCUCUUAAGUUCAAGAAAGCUGUGGAAGGAAAACUGAAUGAAAGGCAGAGAAAGAGACAAGGAAGGAAAAGACAAACAGUUGCUUCAAAGCCAGGGUAUGAAUCUGCUAACCUUCCCCAGGGACCUCCUCCACCAAGGUCAAAUUUAACACCCAUCCCAUCAUCCCAGCCAGUGAGUGUCAAUGUUGAGUUAAAUCGCAGCAACAACAACAUCAGUACCAGUGCUGGGAAUGUGAAGAAGAACAAGGACAAUAAGAAGGACGCCAAAAAGAAGCUAACAAAGGCUGAUAUUGGCACACCAUCCAACUUUGUACAUGUCAGCCACGUUGGUUGGGAUCCAGACAAAGGUUUUGAUAUGAACAACCUUGAUCCAGACAUGCAGACACUGUUCCAGUCUGUGGGUAUAACUGCCGAUGCUAACGUAGAUAAAGAAACCGUUGAUUUUAUCUAUGACUUUGUGGAGAAACAUGGUGGGAUAGAAGCUGUGAAGAAAGCUAUUGGACCUGUCAAAUCUAAUGCUGCCCCGCCACCACCUCCUCCAAACAAUCGAAAUGCUGCCCCACCUCCUCCACCCAACCGUUCAGCUGUACCUCCACCCCCACCAUCCAGAGCAGCCAUGCCCCCGCCUCCACCUUCUGCCACAGCAAUGCCACCACCCCCACCAUCUCGAGUGUUGCCUCAGCCAGCCCGCAAUGUGGCACCCCCACCUCCACCACCCUCUCGAGUUAUGCCACGCGCUCCAGCAGCUGCCCCACCCCCUCCUCCACCUGCUACGCCAUCCUUCUCAACAUCUGUUGGGCCACCACCCCCACCCCCUCCUGCUGGGGGCCCACCCCCACCUCCUCCACCACCCCCACCCCCAGCUUCAGGUGAAAGUACAGGUAUAGGAGCACUCCUGUCAGACAUCAGGUCAGGCAAACAGCUGAGACCAACUGAGACCAAUGUAGAAGCACCUAAAGGGGGCGGAGACUCAAGAGAUGACUUGCUGAAUGCCAUUAGGAUGGGCGCAGCACUGAAAAAGGUGUCCAAUCAGGAGGAUAGACCAGUGUCCUCUAAUCCUAUGGAGAUGGAUGGUCUGGUGGGAGCUCUGGCCAAAGCCUUGGCUAGCCGCCGCCCUGCUUGUGUGGACAGUGAUGAUGAAGACGACUCUGAUGAUGAUGACGACGACGACAGUGACGACGAUGAUUGGGAUGUUUAAAUCAUUGUUAGAAAAAUGUGAAAACUUUGGGUGUUUACUUUCAAAACUAAGAACUGCCCACAUUUUUAAAUACACAUUUCAAAGACUGAAGGUAGCUGUGUUGUUUUUAAUCAAAAAAGGCUGCUGCUCUCAGUUUUAACAUUUGUUGUCACUUUUAAUUUAGGUGUUGGUAAUUACAGACAUAAGAUUUUUUAUGCAAUCAGCUAUUUUUAAAAUGGGAUUAUUUUUCAUUCAACCAAAAAUUAGUCUCAUGUUUUGGUUUUUAUUUGUUAACACGCCUUUUUUAUUACACACGUCUCAUAAAAUCUUCUCUCCCACAUAAUUUAAUAUGUCAAAAAAUUAUUCUUUCACCAUGCCUGAAAACUGGCACAUUUAACAAAGUAUAGAAUAAGAUAGAAUUAUUGGAACGAGUAUUUGUUAAUUUAAUGUAUUUUCUAAUGUACAAAAUAAUUUGGAGUUGUAAUUAACCACUUAGAAAAGUUUGACCUUGUUUAUGUGCUCAAAAUUGUGUAUAGCAGUGUUACCUGAAACAUUUAUUUGCAUUUCCAAGGUUAAAAUUUAAAUAUUCCAUCUCAAGUUAUAUAUAUUUUCUUAUUAUAAGUGCUGGAAAAUGUUUGGUAAAUAGAUAAAUAAGACAAAUAUUAUUUCAACAAUUUUAGAGUAUUAAAUUAAUUUUUAUGACACAUAUUUUUCAGCUUAUUUUUAUUACUUUUUUGCCGUCAGAUUUUUGUAAACAUGAUUUGACCCUGUAUGUAAAACUGGUUCAUGUAAAAUUUAACAGACAAGGAGAACAAGUCUCUAAUUAAUUAACAAGUAUUUUUAGAGCUUAAUUAACAAUUUGCUGACAGUGGCAAAUCAGUGAUGCAUUUUUU